AUGCUUGUUGAGGCGGUGCUCCUCGUGGCGGUGGUCCUCCAGGUGCCGGGGACCUCGCGAGCCGUGCAUCACCGUGCCCCCUGCAGGAUGGCCAAGCUGCAGCGCGACUGCGAGGCUCUGUGCAACUAUGACCCCCGGGGCGUGGCCACCAGCUGCGAGCUCAGGGCCGCGGUGCUGCUGCCCGACGAUCCCAGAUACGAGAUAUCCCUCGGCGCCGUCAUGCCUGUCUUGGAGAUGGGGGUGGCAGAGGCGAGAUCGUUGGGUCUCCUGCCCCCGUGGCUGAAGCUCAAGUUCAUCCCGCAGGACGACGAUUGCGACGCGACUUACGCCCAAAUCGGGGCGCUCGACAGCUUCUCCAAGUGCGUGCACGUCUUUUUCGGGCCCACGUGCGACUACUGCGUCGCGAGCGUUGGCAGGAUCAGCAAGUUCCUGGGCGCCCCGCUGAUCACCACCGGUGGCUUCACCUUCGACUUCACCGAGAGAAAGGCCGACUGCCGGGACGAGUACUUUAUGACCGUGAGGGUCGGCAUGCUCGCCUUUCGCGACGUCGCCCUCUUCCUCAUCGACCUCAUGGACUGGCAUCGUUGGAAGAAAGUGCACCUGCUGUACGACACGAACGGCCAGGCGAAGCUGGGAGGCCGUCACACCUGCCAGCUGAUGAUGAAGUCGAUGGUCGAGUUCGUGAAGAAGAGGCCGGACCUAUCCUUCGGGACGUACGACGUCGACGCCAUGCCGACCGACGAUUACCCGUGGAUGCUCAGGGAACACGUCGGGGUCACCUACAGCGACGUGUUUCUGGGGCCCGUGUGCGAGUACGUGCUGGCUCCGGUGGCCCGUUACGCGGGCGUCUGGGGUAUACCGGUGUUGACGGCGGGCGGCCAAGCUGACGCCUUUCGUCACAAGCGCGAGCACUACCCGACCUUGACGCGGAUGAUGGGCUCGCACAGGCUGGUCGGUGAGGCGUUGCGCUUCAUAUUGCGGGGCUUCGGGUGGAAGGUGGCGGCCCUACUGUUUCACAAUCACGCCCUCGCCAGCAGCCGGGGCAACUCGCGCUGCCACUUUACCCUCGGGGCCGUUUACACGGCCCUCAACCAGACAUCCGCCUACAAGAGCUUCAACCAGGAGAUCGCCACCCCGAGGGACUACAGGGACCUACUCACUUUCGUCGCCAAGUCCGCGAGAAUCGUCGUUAUGUGCGCCAACUCGACGACUAUACGAGAGAUACUCCUCGCAGCCAAGGAACUGGGGAUGGUGGAUUCCGGGGAGUACGUGUUCUUCUCCAUCGAACUGACGAGCAGCGAGCGAAACAUGGAGGAGCCGUGGCGAGUCGAGGGCGACUCGGCCGAGCGCAACGAGGAGGCCCGCAAGGCUUACGAGGCCCUGUUGACGGUGACCACCCGUACCCCGGACAACCCCGAGUACCACGAGUUCUCCCUCAAGGUCAAGGAACUCGCCACCUCCAAGUACAACUUUCACUUUGGCAACACCUCGGUGUCCACCUUCGUCACGGCCUUUUACGACGCUGUGCUACUUUACGCCCUCGCCCUCCGCGAGAGCCUGCCCGACCGGCCCGGCGGCAACCUCAGCCUCGACGGCGCCAACCUCACUCGGCGCAUGUGGGCUCGCAGCUUCAAAGGUAUCACGGGGGACGUCAACAUCGAUGAGAACGGCGACCGUAUAGCCGACUACUCGUUGCUCGACAUGAACCCCAACACCUCCAAAUUCGAGAUCGUGGCCAAUUACUACGGGGCCAACAAGACUUUGGAGUACGUGCCGGGCAAGAGGAUACACUGGUCGGGCCAUCGGCUCGAGCCACCGCCCGACACGCCUACGUGCGGCUUCGACGGCUCCUUGUGCCCCGACAAUUCUCUGCCGGGCUACGCGAUCCUCUCGAUCAUACUCAGCUCGAUCGUCAUGUUCCUCAUCAUCGUCUCGCUCUUUAUAUACAGGCACUACAAGUUGGAGGCGGAAAUAGCCUCGAUGACUUGGAAGGUCCACUGGGAGGAUGUGAUUCUGAUGCCGAGCGAGAGGUUCAAGGCCGGCUCGAUAUACUCCCUGGCCACGGCUAGGCAACGGGGCAGCCAGUUGACCAUUUUUUCCGAGGACAACGUGAGCUUUGCCGGAGGCGUGGACAAACAGUCCUUUGUACCCACGGGGAUAUACAAGAAUUCCAAAGUUGCCAUAAGGUCCAUUCCCAGGAAGAAAAUCGAAAUCUCGCGACCCCUGCUCUUGGAGUUAAAGAGGAUGAAGGACCUGCAGCACGACCAUUUGGUGAGAUUUUACGGUGCCUGCGUCGAGCCGCCGCACUGCUGCUUACUCACCGAGUACUGUCCCAGGGGCUCGCUGCAGGACAUCCUCGAAAACGACCAGAUGAAGCUCGACGGGGUCUUCCGGAUAUCCCUGAUAAACGACGUGGUGCGGGGCAUGAGCUACCUGCACUGUUCGGAGAUACGUAGCCACGGCAACCUCAAGUCGACGAAUUGCCUCGUGGAUUCGCGAUUCGUCCUCAAGAUCGCGGAUUUCGGGCUCCACGAGCUCCGGGGACCGGCACGUCCCUUCGAGCCGGACUCGGACGAGGACAGCAACACCUACGCCUACUGGAGAAAACAGCUGUGGACGGCUCCCGAGUUGUUGAGGAUGGCCAACAGGCCGGCCGAGGGGACGCAGAGGGCCGACGUGUACAGCUUCGCGAUAAUCGUCCACGAGAUCGAGGUGCGCCAGGGACUCUUUUACCUCGGCAACGGCGUCAACAUGUCCCCGAGGGAGAUCAUCGAAGGGGUGAGACGAGGCGGCGGAUCUCCUCUGAGGCCCUUUGUCGACGACACCUCCGUCGACGAAGAAAUGGCGUCGCUGAUGGACAGAUGCUGGGCCGAGGAUCCGGCUGGCCGGCCCGAUUUCACGAACCUCAAGGAAAUCGUUCGGAAAAUCAACAAGGACGGCCGGAUAGACAACAUCCUGGACAACUUGUUGUCGCGGAUGGAGCACUACGCGGACAAUUUGGAGAACCUGGUGGCCGAGCGCACUGCCGAUUACCUCGAGGAGAAGCGCAAGUGCGAGGAACUCCUCUAUCAGUUGCUGCCCAAGUCCGUGGCGUCGCAGUUGAUCGUGGGUCGGAGCCUGAUCGCCGAGACCUACGACCAGGUGACCAUAUACUUCAGCGACAUUGUCGGCUUCACGAGCCUCUCGGCCGAAAGCACGCCCCUCCAGGUGGUUGAUCUGCUCAACGAUCUGUACACGUGUUUCGACUCGAUCAUCGGGAACUUUGACGUGUACAAGGUGGAGACGAUAGGGGACGCUUACAUGGUGGUUUCGGGGCUGCCGGUGAGGAACGGGACCAACCACGCCCGGGAGAUAGCCAGGAUGAGCUUGGCUCUGCGGGACACGGUCAUGACCUUCCGCAUCAGGCACAGGCCGAACGAGCAGCUCAAACUGCGGAUCGGCAUGCACAGCGGUCCAUGCGUCGCUGGAGUCGUGGGCUUGAAGAUGCCCAGGUACUGCCUGUUCGGGGACACGGUCAACACGGCCUCGAGGAUGGAAAGCAACGGCCAAGGUGAGUCCGUGGACUUUAGAUACCGAUCCUCUUGA